AUGGAAUUACGUCGUUCAAAAUCGAUUGAAAGUCCUUAAGGAGUAUUUGAUAAUUAAUUAAGCAAAAUAUAAUCAAUAAUAAUAAACCAUCCUCAAGAAACCUAAUCUGAGUAAGACUUUCAAACUAAUUCUCGAAAAAUAAUAUACAAAGAUUAAAUAUUCGACAAAUAUCUAUUAAGUCCAAUCGAAAAAUAUGAAAAAUAUGGUCGUUUUCCAUACAAGCUAAUAGUUCAUAUAAGCAUUGUAAUUUUAACCACAUUUUAAAUUAUAUAUUCUUCAAAUAAUUUGACAACAAAUUCCACUGAGUAGAAUUAAGCCUGGCGUUAAUUAUUUUUUGGAAAAAACUAUAGCAUGAACAUUAAAAAUUCUGAUAAUGAAAGCUAAUUGGUUUAUUUUGAUACAUUACCUUAGUUUUCGAAGCAUUUAUAAAAUUUGUUUUCUAAUAUAAAUUUAUCUAAUGAUAAUAGAAUAUAAGAUUAUUAUUUUAACUAUACAUCUUCAAAUUUUUAAGUAUAUUAUAAUUACCCAUUAAAUUUUACUGAAUUCGAAAAUAAAAAACAAUUUAAAUAUAAUGUAGAUUUAAAAGUAGGUAUUCUAUAACCAUUUAAUUAAUCCAAUACUUUAGAAAUAAAGCAAAUUUUAAAACAGGCCAAAUUUUAUGAACUUUCUAUAAACGAUGUCAUUUUAGCAAAAUAUAAUGUUAUUUCGUGUUGGAAUUUUUUACUUUAAUAUUCUUUACAUUCCAAAAAUGUUAUUAAAGCUAACCUUAUUUCCGAUGGGGGUCCAUGUAAUUAAUAAUUGUAUGAAGAAGGUAUAAAAAUGUAAGGAAAAGAUUAUAUGAGCUAAUAUUUUUAAAUAGAUUUAGUAUAACCUAGUAAUUUAUUAUAUACAGGAUAUAAUACUACUGUAAAUAUUUUAUCUUUAUUAUGUUCUUUUUAUUCAGUAAUAUUAUGUUACAAAUACAUAUUAUAGAUAAUGAAUAUUUAUAUAGAAAUAUAAGAAAAUUCUUAAAGAUAAUAUUUAAAAAGCUACUCUACAGAAUAUUUGGAAACGAAAAAAAUUAUGAGUAGAAAACGAUAUAAUUUGUUGAGAAUUCUCACUGAAUAAAAAUAAUGGCAUGAACUUACAUUUUAUUAAAAAUUACAAUAUUUUGAUGGAUGGUAUUUCAUUAUUUUAGUAGGAAAUUUUUUUCAAAUUAUAGGCAGUAUGUUCUUAUUAACUCUAACUAAUUAAAAAUCAGAUUUUUAUUAAUCAAUUUAAAUUAUAGAUUGGACGAUUGGACUUGGAGCAUUUUGUGCAUGGAUUUCUCUUUUAAAAUAUCUAGAAUAUAGCCAAAAAGCUUCGAUAAAUUUAGAUGUUAUUUUAUUCUCUUUACCUUAAAUAUUUGCUAUUUUAGUAGAGUUUAUACCUGUUUUUAUGGUUUUCGUUAUAGUAGGACUUACAUGUUUUUCAAAAUGUGAAUUAUUCUCAGAUACAAGAUCAGCUAUUAUUACUUUAAUUAGUUUAAUAUAUAUGGAUUCUAUAUAUUAUGAUAUUUAAUAUAU